GCUAGGACGACCAUGGCAGGCGCUAGUCUGGAGCAGCUACAUCGAACCACCCUGGGCAUAUACGAGAGCCUCCUGGGCCAGUUUAACCCCAACCUACAGAGACUGGUCACACUAGGACACAGCUACGUACAGGCCUUUCACGCUCUUGCUAGCAUCAGUGAGGAGUACUUCACUGCUCUUGGCAGAAUGGGGAAUCAAGCCUUACACACUCUCUCUUCACACUCACUCGGUGAUGUCAUCAUCCAGAUUGCAGAGAGCCAGAGGAGAUUGACCAAUGAGCUGGACGGCAUGUUCCGAUGGUUUCAUGGUGAGGUUCUGAGAGACAUGGAGAAUAAUGUAAAGCUGGACAAGGACUUCAUAACAGGCAGCAGGCGGCGCUAUGAGAUGGAAGUUCGUAACCAGGUGGCAGCCCAGGAGAGGCAGCAGAGACGCGGAGGGCCCUGGGACGGGGGUGAGCAGGCCUUCUUCCUUCAACAGAGUCAGAGGGAUGCGCUGAUGGAGGAGGAGAGGAGAUACCGCUUCCUGGCCGAGAAACACUGCCAGCUCUCCCAGAACAUAGCCCAACUCAUGAACAAGACAGGGGGCGGUCUUCAGCGGCGGGCGGAGGAGUGGACUGAGCGCGUGGGUGCGACACGGGCUGCUCGACCACGAACCCCCUCUCGCGAACAGGUACCUGGGGAAGACAGAGAAGAGGUGCCCUUGGGGAGAGUGCCAUCAAGAGGACCAUCUCCUCAGCCCACUCGCUCCCGCUCCAGUUCUGUUGGUGAUGGGCUGGCCGCGGGCCGUCUGAUGAGGGCCAAAGUGAACCACGCCCCCUCGGGCAACCCCACCAUACUGGACUUCAACAGGGAUGACAUCAUCGUGGUGCUCAUACAGCAGCCCCGCAACGGCUGGCUCUACGGACGUGGCGAACACGGCAAUCGACAGGGCUGGUUUCCUGCCGCGUAUGUGGAGCCGUUGGACCAGGCGCCUCCCCCUCCACCUGCACCUGCAUUCACGAGCCAAAGCAUGAGGAGCAGCCACAGCAUGAGUAACCAUCAUGACCAAUCAGGAGGUGGCAUGAGGACCAGCCACAGCAUGAGCAACCUGUUGGACCAAUCAGGAGGUGGAAAUCAAGCGGCACCCCCGCCCCCUGCCCCGCCUCCUCCCUCAGCAGCCAAUCAGUUUCGUCCGAUCUCUUCCUCUGCGGACAAGAGCUCAGAGAGACAACGGAAGCCGGGGCACUGUGGUGCAGUGCUCUUCUCCAUGAUGCCGCAGCCGACCUUCUGGUGGCUCCAGGGAGCCUCCACCUGCUAA